UGCGCCUCUCCUCCCGCCGGGGAAAAGCGAAGCGGCGCCGCGACCUUUGACCCGGGCGCGCAAGCGCGGUGCGCGGCGGCGGCGCACGCGGGACGGAGCCAUGGAGGAGCCGUGUCCUGCCGGGGAGAGCGAGGAGCUGACGGAGAGCGAGGAGAGCGUCUACUCGGGGCUGGAGGACUCGGGCACCGACAGCAGCUCGGCGGAGGAGGAGGAGGAGGAAGAGGAGGAGGAAGGCCCCGGCGGCAGCUCGCCCCCCCCCCGGACACACCCCAAAGGCGCUCCCAGGAAGAGCAAAAUCUUGGAGGAUGAUUCGUCAUUGAAGGGAAAUGAGAGUCUGCUUGCUCAGAAUGAAUAUGAAGAAGACAGCUCAGAUGAAGAGGACAUUCGCAACACGGUGGGCAACAUCCCCAUGGAGUGGUACCAGGACUUCCCGCACAUCGGCUACAACCUGGAGGGCAAGAAGAUCUACAAGCCCAUCCGGAACAAGGACGAGCUGGACAUGUUCCUGGAGAAGAUGGAGAACCCCGACUACUGGCGAACGGUCCAGGACAAGAUGACGGGUGCAGACAUAAAGCUGACAGACGAGCAGGUGGACCUGGUGCAUCGGCUCCAGAAAGGGCAGUUUGGGGAUGUCCACUUCAAUCCCUACGAGCCGGCUGUUGACUUCUUCACGCACGAGGUCAUGAUCCACCCGGUGACGAAUCGCCCAGCGGACAAGCGGAGCUUCAUCCCUUCCCUCAUCGAGAAGGAGAAGGUCUCCAAGCUAGUCCACGCCAUCAAGAUGGGCUGGAUCAAGCCCCGUAAGCCCAAGGACGACACACCUACAUACUACGACCUCUGGGCCCACGAAGAUCCCAACUCCAUUCUGGGCCGUCACAAGAUGCACGUCCCAGCCCCCAAGAUGAAGCUGCCUGGGCACGAGGAGUCGUACAACCCCCCGCCUGAGUACCUGCUCAGCGAGGAGGAGAAGCUGGCCUGGGAGCAGCAGGAGCCAGCCGAGAGGAAGCUGAACUUCGUGCCCCAGCAGUACCGGUGCCUGCGGGCAGUGCCUGCCUACUCCCGCUUCAUCCACGAGCGCUUCGAGCGCUGCCUGGACCUCUACCUCUGCCCGCGCCAGAGGAAAAUGCGGGUCAAUGUGGACCCAGAGGACCUCAUCCCCAAGCUGCCGAAGCCGCGGGACCUGCAGCCCUUCCCGACCACCCAGGCCCUGGUCUACCGUGGGCACACCAGCCUGGUGCGUUGCCUCAGCAUCUCUCCCAGCGGGCAGUGGCUGGUGUCAGGCUCGGAUGACUGCACGGUGCGGUUCUGGGAGGUGUGCACGGCUCGCUGCAUGAAGACCCUGCCCGUGGGCGGCGUGGUGAAGAGCGUCGCCUGGAACCCCAACCCCACCAUCUGCCUGGUGGCCAUUUGCGUGGAGCAGUCGGUGCUGCUGGUGAACCCCUGCCUCGGGGACAAGCUGCUCUACGGGGCCACCGACCAGCUGCUCGAGUCCUACGUGGCACCGGAGGAGGAGCGGGUCCAGCCCGUGCAGUGGGUGACGGCCACCAUGGAAGAGCACAGCAAAGGCGUCCGGCUGGUUGUUCAGCACAGCAAGGCCGUGAAGCAGGUGACCUGGCACGGCAAAGGCGACUACUUCGCCAGCGUCGUGUCGGACAACAGCAACAUGCAAGUGCUGAUUCACCAGACCAGCAAGCGCUGGAGCCAGAACCCCUUCCGCAAGAGCAAGGGGCUGGUGCAGUGCGUGCUCUUCCACCCCAUCCGGCCCUACUUCUUCGUGGCCACCCAGCGCUACGUCCGCGUCUACAACCUCCUCAAGCAGGAGCUCACCAAGAAGCUGAUGACAAACUGCAAGUGGGUGUCCAGCAUGGCCAUCCACCCUGGAGGCGACAACAUCAUCUGCGGCAGCUAUGACAGCAAGCUGGCCUGGUUCGACCUGGACCUCUCCACCAGACCCUACCAGCUGCUGCGGCACCACAAGAAAGCGUUACGGAGCGUGGCCUUCCACAAGCACUACCCGCUCUUCGCCUCGGGCUCGGACGACGGGACCGUCAUCGUUUGCCACGGCAUGGUCUACAACGACCUGCUGCAGAACCCAUUGCUGGUGCCCGUGAAGGUGCUGAAGGGCCAUGCGAUGACCUUGGACCUGGGCGUCCUCGAUGUGCUCUUCCACCCCACCCAACCCUGGGUCUUCUCCUCCGGCGCCGACAGCACCGUCCGGCUCUACACAUAGCUGCCGCCCGGCGCCAGCACCCCCACCCCAUCCCAGCCCAACAGCAGCACCCCGCGGGCGAGGGGCAGCGCCGGGACCACCGCGCUCUGCCGGGAACAUCGCUCCUGCGCACGGACUCCUGGGGCCUUUCUCAUUAAACUCCUUUGGAUACAA